AUGAUGUUCGUCAAGUCUGGCCUUCUGGCUACCCUGUUGGCUGCUUCGGCUGCCAAAGCCCAUAUGAUCAUGAGCAACCCCGUCCCCUACAGCAAGGACUCACUCAACAACUCGCCGCUGGCGGCGGAUGGCAGCGAUUUCCCUUGCAAGCUGCGCGCCGAUGCCUGGGAAGUCACCACGCAGAACAUCAUGCCCAUCGGCGAAUCCCAGAAGCUGGCCUUUAUCGGCAGCGCCACCCACGGCGGCGGCUCAUGCCAAAUCAGUCUGACCACCGACCUUCACCCCACCAAGACCUCUUCGUGGAAGGUUAUCAAGUCCUUCGAAGGUGGAUGCCCGGCCAACGAUACCGGCAAUCUCUCUGGCGGCGCCACAAUGGUCGAUCCGUACCACUUCGAAUUCGCCAUCCCUGAAGGUAUCGAGACGGGAAAGUAUACCCUGGCCUGGACCUGGUUCAACCGUAUCGGCAACCGCGAGAUGUACAUGAACUGCGCACCCGUCACAGUCACCAGCGGCUCCUCGAAGCGCGACACCGAAGUGGUUGAGAAGCGUUCCACCAGCUUCCCGCCCAUGUUCGUCGCCAACAUCAACGGCUGCACCACCACCGAAGGUAUCGACAUCCGCUUUCCUCAGCCAGGCGACGUGAUCUCGUACGAUGGCGCCCCGGAAAACCUCCAGCCCGAGGGUGAGGCUGCCUGCAGCGGUACUCCGACUUUCGCUGGCUCUGGAGACGCAGCCUCUGGCUCUGAUAGCAGCUCUGGUUCUUCCGGUUCCUCGGGCUCCUCGGGCUCUUCGUCUGCCGCCGCCGGCGCUCCCUCGGCCACGACCUCAAGCACUCCCUCCGCAGCGCCUGACCCAGUUAGCUCAUCGGCAGCGUCCCCCGAACCCAGCGCCCCAACUGCCUCCGAGCCUGCUUCCUCCCCCUCGGCUGCCCCAGCUCCGUCUUCUUCGAGCAGCGACGGUUCCGGCUCGGGCUCGGGUACUCUGAGCGGCUCCUGCAGUCCUGAAGGCGAGUGGAACUGCAUCGACGGCACCUCCUUCCAGCGCUGUGCGAGUGGCCAGUGGUCCGCCGCUAUGCAGGUGGCGCCUGGUACGAAGUGCAAUGCGGGCCAAAGCUCGGAUCUGUCCAUCGCGGCCACCAAAAAGGCGCGUUCGAUAAUGCGCUUCAGCAAGCGCGCUGCAACUCUCGAGUACCACGCGUAA